CCACAAACACAAUUCUCGACUCCAAAAGUCCAUUUUCUAUUUAUAUCCAAACUUAUCUUUCAGGUGUAACUGCACUGUCCCUGAUCUUGAAAAUUUCCCAAUGAGAGAGAUUUUCUUGUCAAAAGGGACUAUGAAAAGUUCAAUGUCUUCUGUCAUAUAUAUACAUAUCUAUAGUUUAUUCAUUUAAUUCCAGCUUUUUUCUUGUUCGGCAAUUAUAUGCAAGGAUGUUGAGCUGCACUUGCACGUAGUGGGAGUAUAGGAAGAUAAGGAUUUGGUUGGUGUGAGUGGUUGCUGCAUGUAAUUAUUGUCCUCUCAUGGUUCAUCACAACACGCAGUGGAGGGAGAUGGAAAAAGUUGGGAAACUUUUGCACUUGUUCCUCCUGCUGUUCUUGGUCCCUUUUCCUUCUUCUUCAUUUCCCUUGUGCACUGACCUGAGGCAGCCCACAAGUUUGAAGGGCCGUCUGGCGUUCUGCCCAUACAAUGGGAAAGUGUGUUGCAGUUCAUCACAAGAUCUGCUGUUGCAGAAGCAGUUUGAGGCCAUGAACAUAUCUGAUUCUGCCUGUGCUGAUGCUCUGAAAGCAAUCCUCUGUGCUACUUGUGAUCCAUUCGCUGCAAAGCUAUUCAACAUCGGUUCAGAUUCGAGAUCAGUUCCGGUGCUUUGCAAUUCCACUGCUGGAACAGCGGUCUCAUCUUUGUCAAGCCAGGAAGAUGACAGCUUCUGCUCAACUGUAUGGAAAUCUUGUCAAAAUGUGUUGAUUCUCAACUCUCCCUUUGCCCCUGCACUCAAGAGCAAGGCUCGAGUUCCACGAAAUGCGACUCUGUCCAAGUUAACAGACCUCUGGGGAUCAAAAUCCGAGUUCUGCAGUGCAUUUGGUGGAGACUCUGAUGAGAACUCUCUUUGCUUUGAUGGCAAACCUGUUUCAUUUAACAAAACGGAUACGUUGCCUCCCCCCAAGGGCAUUUGCCUGGAGAAACUCGGCAACGGUUCAUAUAUCAAUAUGGUUGCUCAUCCUGAUGGCUCCAACCGUGCGUUCUUCUCAAACUUGGCAGGCAAAAUCUGGUUGGCUACUAUCCCAGAACAAGAUUCAGGGGAUGUAUUAGGACUCGAUGAAUCAAAUCCAUUUGUUGACUUGACAGAUCAAGUGUAUCUUGAUACUAGCUUUGGGAUGAUGGGAUUGGCGUUUCAUCCAAACUUUGCAACAAAUGGACGGUUCUUUGCAUCGUUCAACUGCGACAAAGUGAAGUCUCCAGGAUGUGGUGGGAGGUGCGCCUGCAACUCGGACGUCUCGUGUGACCCAUCCGAGUUAGGUUCUUUGAACGCUGGAGAAGUCUGCAGAUACCAUACCAUUAUUGCUGAGUAUAGUGCUAAUGGAACUGCUUCCAACCCUUCAAUGGCAGAAAAGGCAAGGCCUCAUGAAGUAAGAAGAAUUUUCACAAUGGGACUACCCUUCACAUCAAAUCAUGGUGGCCAGAUUCUCUUUGGUCCAGCCGAUGGGUACCUAUACAUCAUGAUGGGAGACGGUGGUAGUAAAGGCGAUCCAUAUAACUUUGCCCAGAACAAAAAGUCAUUGCUUGGAAAGAUUAUUAGAGUCGAUGUAGACAACAUACCAAGCGAAGACGAAAUAGUUAAGCUGGGGAGAUGGGGAAACUACUCUGUCCCACAAGAUAACCCUUACUCGGAAGAUAAAGAAAUGGAACCAGAAAUCUGGGCUUACGGUCUGAGAAACCCUUGGCGUUGCAGCUUUGAUUCAGAAAGGCCUUCUUACUUCCUCUGUGCAGACGUUGGACAGGAUCAAUAUGAAGAAGUUGAUAUCAUCUCCAAGGGGGGAAACUACGGUUGGCGUGUCUACGAAGGCCCUCUUGUCUUCCAGCCUCAGAAAACUCCAGGGGGCAACACUUCUGCUGAUUCCAUAGAUCCCAUCUUUCCAGUGUUGGGAUAUAGCCACUCCAAUAUAAAUCAACUUGGCUCUGCAGCAAUAUCAGGUGGAUACUUCUAUCGUUCCCAGGCCGAUCCAUGCACAUAUGGAAGUUACUUGUAUGGAGAUCUUUAUGCAAGUCAUAUUUGGGCAGCAACAGAAACCCCCCAAACCAGUGGAAACUUUACGUCUACCGAUACUCCCUUUAGCUGUGCUCCAGAUUCUCCCAUCAAGUGUGACUCAGUGCCUAAAAGCAAUCUUCCUGCUUUAGAGUACAUAUUUUCCUUUGGAGAAGACAACAGAAAAGAUGUGUAUAUAUUAACCCAGAGCGGUGUAUACAGAGUAGUUCGUCCCAGUAGAUGUAACUAUACCUGCUCAAAGGAAGUUGUGACAUCUGGACAUCCUCCACCUACUCCUUCUCAAGGCUACCUUGUUUAUCCACAUUCGGAGCUGAUGUUUUUUGUUUCUGCAGUUUUGCUUUUCGUGGCACUUCUCUUGUAACAUGCAAGAGUUACUGUGAUGAAACUGAGAGGAUGGUGAGCAAUAAUGGACCUUUACUAGAAUUAUCAAUGAUAUUUCCCACUGUUGAAAUUCCUUUGCGAA